AAGUUGCGCUGCCUGUCCGCCGAGAGCUCGGAGGACUUUACAACGUGGAGCCAUGGGCGGCCUGGAGAAGAAGAAGUAUGAACGGGGCUCUGUCACCAACUAUAUAACUCGAAACAAAGCCCGGAAGAAGCUGCAGCUGAGCCUGGCUGACUUCAGACGGUUGUGCAUCUUGAAGGGCAUUUAUCCUCAUGAGCCCAAACAUAAGAAGAAAGUUAACAAGGGCUCCACAGCAGCCCGAACGUUUUACCUUAUCAAAGACAUCAAGUUUCUCCUCCAUGAACCCAUCGUCAACAAGUUUCGGGAAUACAAGGUAUUUGUUCGGAAGCUCCGGAAGGCCUAUGGAAAGAGCGAGUGGAAUGCUGUGGAGCGCCUGAAGGACAAUAAGCCCAACUACAAACUUGACCACAUCGUCAAGGAGCGGUACCCCACGUUCAUCGACGCUCUGCGGGACCUGGAUGACGCCUUGUCCAUGUGCUUUCUCUUUUCCACCUUCCCACGGACCGGCAAGUGCCACGUGCAGACCAUUCAGCUGUGCCGCCGGCUCACUGUUGAGUUCUUGCACUACGUCAUCGCCGCCCGUGCCCUGCGCAAGGUCUUCCUGUCCAUCAAAGGCAUCUACUACCAGGCUGAGGUACUGGGCCAGCCCAUUGUGUGGAUCACACCCUAUGCCUUCUCCCAUGACCAUCCAACAGAUGUGGACUACAGGGUCAUGGCCACCUUCACUGAGUUCUACACCACCCUUCUGGGUUUUGUCAACUUCCGCCUCUACCGUUCACUCAACCUCCACUACCCUCCCAAGCUUGAAGGUCAAGCCCAAGCAGACACGAAAGCCAGCGAGGGUGCCUACGCAUUGGACUCUGAGAGCUCUAUGGAGAAACUUGCGGCCCUCAGUGCCAGCCUGGCCCGCAUGGUGGUACCUGCUGCCGAAGAGGAGGCCGAGGCAGAUGAGUUUCCCUCCGAUGGGGACAUGGCAGCACAGGAGGAAGUCCGCAGGAAGGAACUGGAGGCACAAGAAAAGCACAAGAAACUCUUUGAAGGCCUGAAGUUCUUCCUGAAUCGUGAAGUGCCCCGUGAGGCGCUGGCCUUCAUCAUCAGGAGUUUUGGUGGAGAUGUAUCCUGGGACAAAUCUUUGUGUAUUGGAGCCACCUAUGAUGUCACAGACUCCUGCAUCACCCACCAGAUUGUCGACCGGCCUGGACAGCAAACGCCCGUCAUUGGCAGGUACUACGUGCAGCCCCAAUGGGUAUUUGACUGUGUGAAUGCCCGGCUGCUUCUCCCUGUGGCGGAGUACUUCCCCGGAGUGCAGCUGCCUCCGCACCUCUCACCCUUCGUGUCUGAGGAGGAAGGAGACUACGUCCCCCCUGAGAAGCUGAAACUGCUGGCCCUGCAGCGCGGAGAGGACCCUGGAAAGUUGGAAGAGUCAGAGGAGGAAGAGGAGGAAGAGGAGGACAUUGAUGGUGAUGAAGGUGGAGAAGAUGAGGAGGAGGACAACGAUGCUGAGGCCGGUUCAGAAAAGGAGGAGGAGGCACGCCUGUCAGCCUUGGAAGAGCGAAGGAUGGAAGGAAAGAAGCCCCUGGUGAUGGAGGGCACUGUGAAGCUGGAAGAUAAGCAGCGGCUGGCCCAAGAGGAGGAAAGUGAGGCAAAGCGCUUGGCCAUCAUGAUGAUGAAGAAACGUGAGAAGUACCUUUACCGGAAGAUCAUGUUUGGCAAGAGGCGCAAAAUCCGGGAGGCCAACAAGCUGGCGGAGAAGCGGAAAGCCCAUGAUGAGGCUGUGAAGUCCGAGAAGAAGGCCAAGAAGGCAAAGCCUUUAUGAGCACUAGUAACUUCCCGCUGGGCCAAGGCCAGCAUGGCAGAAAUAUGGCAGAGGGCCUAAGCUUGGGGACAGACCAGAGUCAUUCCUCUCCCCCUCCCCCAAGCGCAGUGUCCUCAUGCUUCUUUCUGGCUGGAUGUGUGGGUGACCCAAGCCUGCCUCCCUUGGGGUUCCUGCUUAGGGCUGGGAGGAGAAGAGCCCUCUGGACCCACUCCAUGUCCACACUCGCCGGAGGCUGACGUGAGGGAUGGGAGCAGGAGCCUGACUGUCCUCUUGGUGUCCCCAUUCACCUUGGCUUUCCACAGCCUCCACCCACACAGUUGGACCCGUGAUACCCGUGAUACUCGGGGUGCUGUGAUGGGGUAAGGGUGGGGAGCUUUUGUUAUUAAAUGGCUGGACUUUUGCAGCCAAUUGGA